AUGGAGGUGCUGGAGAGCGGGGAGCAGGGCGCCCUGCAGUGGGACCGCAAGCUGAGCGAGCUGUCGGAGCCCGGGGACGGCGACGCACUCCUGUACCCCACGCACUUCUCAGAACUUCUGGAUGAAUUCUCCCAGAACGUCUUGGGCCAGCUCCUGAACGACCCCUUCCUCUCGGAGAAGAGCGAGUCGAUGGAGGUGGGGCCAUCCCCGAAGUCGCCUGCGCCCCUCAUCCAGGCUGAGCACAGCUACUCCCUGUGUGAGGAGCCGUGUGCCCAGUCGCCCUUCAGCCACGCUGCCCCGGGAGACAGCUUCCAUGACGAUGACGUGGAGAGCGAGAAAUGGUUCCUGUCUACGGACUUCUCUUCAGCAACCAUCAAGACAGAGCCGAUAACCGACGAGGCGCCCCCGGGCCUUGUCCCCUCUGUCACGCUGACCGUCACAGCCAUCUCCACCCCUCUGGAGAAGGAGGAGCCCCCUCUGGAGAUGACUACUGGGGUUGACUCCUCGUGCCAGACAGUGAUCCCCAAGAUUAAGCUGGAGCCUCAUGAGGUUGACCAGUUCCUCAACUUCUCUUCUAAAGAAGCCUCUGCGGACCACCUGCACCUGCCGCCAACCCCACCCAGCAGCCAGAGCAGUGACUCGGAGGGCAGCCUGAGCCCCAGCCCACGCCUGCACCCCUUCAGCCUGCCGCAGACCGCCAGCCCUGCCCGGGCCGGGACGCGGGCACCCUCCUCCCUCUCCAGCUCGCCCCUCCUCACUGCCCCACACAUUUCUGCCCAGGAAAGCAGGAGAAAGAAGAAGGAAUACAUGGACAGCCUGGAGAAAAAAGUGGAGUCUUGUUCGACUGAGAACCUGGAGCUUCGGAAGAAGGUGGAGGUCCUGGAGAACACCAAUCGGACUCUCCUUCAGCAGCUGCAGAAGCUGCAGACCUUGGUGAUGGGCAAGGUUUCUCGGACCUGCAAGUUAGCCGGCACGCAGACUGGCACCUGCCUCAUGGUCGUCGUGUUGUGCUUCGCGGUGGCAUUCGGCAGCAUUUUCCAGGGCUCUGGGCCCUACCCCUCUGCCACAAAGAUGGCCCUGCCCAGCCAGCACUCCACGCCGGAGACGUACACAGCCUCUGUGGUGAGGUCCAGGAACCUGCUCACCUAUGAGGAGCACUCUCCCCUGGAGGAGACGCCCAGCGCGGCCUCGCCGGGGGAGCUGGGGGGCUGGGACAGGGGGUCCUCCCUGCUCCGGCCGCCAGGGCUGGGGUCCCAGCCGGACGUGGAUCUGCCCCAGUUCGUGCUGUCGAAUGAGACGAGCCUGGAGAAGGCCAUGCUCCUGCAGCUCCAGAAGCACCUGGUCAGCUCCAAGCUGGAGGGGAACGAAACGUUGAAAGUUGUCCAGCUCGACAGAAGAGUGAACACCACCUUUUAA